AGCUGGCUGGCCUGGGGAGAGAUUUCUUCAAAUGUCUUCAACCAGUGUUGAUCAUCUCUCUGAAGUAGAAUCUCCAUGGCCUGAAUGUUUUUUGAAAAUAAUUUUGAGCAAAAUAUCUGUUUAAUAACAAGAGAACCACAUCAAGAUGGUUGGAAAACUGAAGCAGAACUUACUAUUGGCAUGUCUGGUGAUUAGUUCUGUGACUGUGUUUUACUUGGGCCAGCAUGCCAUGGAAUGCCAUCACCGAAUAGAGGAACGUAGCCAGCCAGUCAAAUUGGAGAACACAAAGACCACUGUGCGCACUGGCCUGGACAUCAAAGCCAACAAAACCUUUGCCUAUCACAAGGAUAUGCCUUUAAUAUUUAUUGGAGGUGUGCCUAGGAGUGGAACCACACUCAUGAGGGCCAUGUUAGAUGCACACCCUGACAUUCGCUGUGGAGAGGAAACCAGGGUGAUUCCCCGAAUCCUGGCCCUGAAGCAGAUGUGGUCACGGUCAAGUAAAGAGAAGAUCCGCUUGGAUGAGGCUGGUGUCACUGAUGAAGUGCUGGAUUCUGCCAUGCAAGCCUUCUUACUAGAAAUCAUCGUUAAGCAUGGGGAGCCAGCCCCUUAUUUAUGUAAUAAAGAUCCUUUUGCCCUGAAAUCCUUAACUUACCUUGCUAGGUUAUUCCCCAAUGCCAAAUUUCUCCUGAUGGUCCGAGAUGGCCGGGCAUCAGUACAUUCAAUGAUUUCUCGAAAAGUUACUAUAGCUGGGUUUGACCUGAACAGCUACAGGGACUGUUUGACCAAGUGGAAUCGUGCCAUAGAGACCAUGUACAACCAGUGUGUGGAGGUUGGUUAUAAAAAAUGCAUGUUGGUUCACUAUGAACAACUCGUCUUACAUCCCGAGCGGUGGAUGAGAACUCUCUUAAAGUUCCUCCACAUUCCAUGGAACCACUCAGUAUUGCACCAUGAAGAGAUGAUUGGGAAAGCUGGGGGAGUGUCUCUGUCAAAAGUGGAGAGAUCUACAGACCAAGUCAUCAAGCCAGUCAAUGUGGGAGCACUGUCAAAAUGGGUUGGGAAGAUACCACCAGAUGUUCUACAAGACAUGGCCGUGAUUGCACCCAUGCUUUCCAAACUUGGCUAUGACCCAUAUGCCAAUCCACCUAACUAUGGAAAACCUGAUCCCAAAAUCCUUGAAAAUACUAGAAGGGAGAGACUGCUGGCUUUUCAACUGAAGGGAGCUGUCUAGGACCAGCUUCCCCCUGCCGAGACCAGCGGAGUGUGUGCACCCGGAGAAGGGCAGCGGCCCCAAGGAUCUGCUUCUCGAGUAAAGUGCGCUGGGUACCAGUGACAUGCACGGCGAUAUCUCCGGAGGAAGAGCCCGAGGGCGCCUGUGCUUUCUGUUAAAACUGCUCUUGUCCUCAUGUUCUUUUUACCGGAUUCCAAACUUUGUUUUUGAGGGAGGGUUUAAAAAUGGGAGUCUGUAAGCAAAAUUGGGCAAUUUGAUUUUGGAAUAGGUUGUCUGUACAUGUUCUAAUGUUUUGUAGAACACUUGUGCCUGUUUAAAUGGGUUGAUGUGGAUAAUAUUGAAUAUCUUAAUUAUUUAAAUAAUUCAUUGUUUCUGAGAAGUUGAGAAAUUACCGUAUACAUUUACAACUUAAAACCUUUUGUAUUUUAUUUUUCAAAAUAAAAGCUUUAAAUGUGAA